GUUUCUUAUUUAAUUUAGUAAAAUUUUAAUAAUAUAGUUUUAUACAGUUAAUAUAAAAAUGUAUGGAGCGUCGAAUAUGUUUAUGUCAAUCAUACUAUGGAUAGGCGGAGCCAAAUUGAAAAAAAAAUCCCCAACAAACUCCUACUGGACGUACAUAAGAGAGAAGGUAAUUUUUCCCCUUUUCUAACAUCUUCUCAUUCAUCUCAUUGUUUCUUCUUCUCCCACUUCUUCGUUGUGUUUUUUUUUCUUCUUCUUCUUAUACUGCGUUUACUGGUUGUUUCUACAGAAAGUUUUGUUUUUUUAGAAGAAGAAAAAAAACUAAAGUACAAACAAGUUCUUUUCUAAGUGAAAAGAUAAAGAAAAAGAACAAGAACUUGCGCAAAAAUCUUAUAGAAAAUAUGCUGGGGGCAACAUUCUGUUUCCUAUUUCUUAUUCUUAUUUGUAACACAUCGACGGAAUUGAAUAGUGACCGGAAAUCGACGGUGGUCGAAUGGUUUCAAGACGCUUUUGACGUCCUCGAGAGACGGAUCGACAUACUGGAGCAGCGGAUUGGCAAUUUGGACCGAUUGGAGGAGAGGAUGGAGAAUAUGCGUUUAUCGAUUGGACGGUUGGAUCGAAUUAGUGAUACUCUAAUGAGAUUUAAAACUUCUAAUGAGAGACGCUUAAGACCAAGAAGUAUAAACGUAAAGAAGAAACUAUCCAAGCGACGCAGAAAGUCGAGUGGUUCUAAAAAAAGGUUGGACGCUGUCGACGCUCAGUUGAGACAAAUUCGAUUAGAUCUAACUAAUCAUACAAAAAUACUCAAUUCUCACGAAUUCGAGUUAUCGGAAAUUGAAAAUUUGAUAAAACAAAAUGGUAAUAAUAUAGAAUUGGAUGAAAAGUUAGCGGGAAUUGGUCGUUUAGAUCGUAUCACAGAUAAGAUGGAGAUGGAUAUAAGUAAAAUCUUAUACGACAUUAAUACUUGUAAAUCAAAUUUUACGAAAUUAUAUCAUAACGUUUCAAAGAUUGAAUUAAAUUUACCAUCCAAGGCGCAAUUCACUUUAAUGGAAAGAAAUAUUCAAAAUAAUAAGGAAGCCAUUGAACUUAAAUCUCAAAAUAUUGAUAGUAACACGCUUAAAUUGGACGCUGUAUUGGAUACAUUAGAAAGUGGACUUAGUCUCAAAUCUACAGUCCCUCCUAUUGUUCAACCAAAGCCAACAGAGAAAUCGGAUAGAAAUGCUAAAACUGAAAGACAAAUUCAGGUACCUGACCAAGGUGGAAUUAGCGAAACUGUUGAGUCUUCUUGCCGAGUCGAUAAGAUCGAUCACCGAAAAAAUUUGGCGUCGUAUAUUUGGGCUCAAGCUGGCUCUUUUCAAAAGGAUGCAAAAUCGGAGGAUUCAACUGUUUAUACAUUUAGAAGUAAUAAGAACGUCUUUCUACACGCCUAUCAAAAUGAAUCCGCAUUGUCAAAGCAAAGGAGAAGGAUCCUUAAAUUGAUGGCUCGAAAGUACCAUCUGCCUUUCAAAUGUUCAGGAACUGGCAAUUUAGUAUAUAAUCAUACUCUCUUCUGUAUAUCAAUCAAUGGAAGACUACAGGCUUAUGAUUUAAAUCGUAAAAAUAAACCAUAUAGAGGAAAAAAAUUUCCGGACAUAGCUCAUAACGAUCAAUCACCUUAUAAAUUCAGUACAGAUUAUACAUCGCAUCAAUUAGCAUCUGACUCAAAAUCUAUUUACUUAACCGCUUCAUCUGUUAAACAAGAAAACUACGGUAAAUUAGUACUAUAUAAGAUGCAUCCAUCUUCAAGAAAUAUAAAAAUUCUCGAAGAAUUUCACCUAAAUUUAAAUAAAUCGGAUGUUAUUGGAACAUUUUUCGCUUGUGGUAAAUUACAUGUUCUGGACUGGAAACCAACUAAACCUAAUUUAUAUGUCAAGUAUAUCUACGACACAACUGAAAGAAAAGGUUGGAAAUUAUCAUCUGAUGAAUUAGUCAUAGAUACCAUUCCUACUAAAACAUACUCGAGUUUCAAUUACAACUGGAAAGAACGUAAAUUAUAUGUAUGGAGUUCUUACUACGCUAGAGGCCAGUUGGAUUCGUUUGACGUCUCUAUUGUCGACAAUUAACACCAUAAACGUAACAAGAUAUUGUAUAUAGACAACAAUGUUAAUUACUAUUUCGACAGAAAAACAAAAUGUAACUAUUAUAAAAAGUUCAAAUCAUAUAGCUUCCUUUCGCUAAUAGAUUUUGUUCGACAUGAUUGCACCAUCUAUCGGAGAAAUAGGAUAAUAACAAUGAGAGAAAAAAAGUCUUCUAACAUCAAUUAUUAAAUAGAACAAAACUUGUUUAUUCUGUCUCUUCUUUUAUUUCUUAAAAAUGUUCUUUUUUCUUAUUCUUUUUUAUAUAUUUUCUACACAAUUUCUAUUAUAAAUAUUUUAAUUAUCCUGCUUUUUUUCCCUUGUAAAAUGUAGCCAUUUUUGUUUUGUUAUUAACAGCGAAUCAGUAAAUUCCCUUCAAUCUAAUGUUUUAGACAUGAACAAGAAGAAAGUAGGAUUUAAUGAGAAAAUAACAAUAAUAAAAAAGAAAGUAGAAGAUGAAGGGAGAAAUGAAAUUGAUGAAAUCUACAAGAUGGCGCCAGCAAAGGACCGAAAAAUUUUUUUUUACCUUGUGUUAUUUAUCUAACAUAAAAUUGUUUGUUGGUCUAGCAAUUUGUGAGUAAUUAUAUACUGCUUAUAUAUAUAUAUCUAUAAGUAUACUGUAAAUUGUAAAAGUUUCGUAUUAAGCUGGAAAAUCUCUUGGUUUUCUUCUUUCUCCAUUUUCUUUAGUUAACGUUAAUGUUCUUCUCUUUGUAUAACAUUUUGUUGUUGCACUCUUAACCACAAAUAAUAAUCCUUUCCUUACUUUCCUGCUUAUUAUGUAAAUUAGCCUCUCACCUUGCAGAUUUCUUCCUGUAUAUUACGCAAAAUAAACUAGUGAAAACCUAGAAAACUAAAAGCAUCGUUGAAGUGCUUCUCACGUAGCGG